AGUGUGAGGGCUGAUAUGACCGUGCUACAAACUAACUGUAAAAAAAAUUAGAACAUUUGCAGUUGCAAUCUGUAAAGUUGAGGCGGGGCAGAAAUCGUCAGCAAUAUGUGAGACGGGCGUUUUUCUCAUUUCUGAAACUCUUCCAUUCUCCCUAACAUGCCUCAAGCAAGCAUGAAAAUGAACAGGUUCUGCCGGAGUUGGUGAUAAAGUCAAACAGCACGCUCUUUUUGACGAGUCCAGCACGGACUAGGAAUGCGAUUCAGUCUCAUUGGAGAAUAAGUUUCGAAAGAAGGACUAAAUAGUUGCAAACAGCCUAAACUGAAACCAUGGACGUAUUCAAUUCAUGAAGAAUGUCAGUUGAGCCAUAAAGUUAUCUCUCAGGAAUCAGCAUGGCGCACCGUUCUCAGUGUUCCUCAGCAGGGGAUAACCCCCUGGACCCCAAAUACCUGCCUUCCCACUUCCGCGAGGAGUACCGGCUGGCCAUUGACGCACUUGUGGAGGAUGACUUGGAGGGCUAUUAUGAAUUCCUUCAGAGUGCGGAUGUGGUGGACUUCCUCUCCAGACAGGAAAUUGAGCACAUUAGGUGCACAGUGCAAAUUCCGUACCAGAGCACUCAGCCAGAGCUCCCGUAUGUAGAGUCUGAGGGAGAUGGCUCUUCAGACACAUACUGGCCUGUGCACUCUGACUUGGAUGCACCUGGUCUUGACCUUGGCUGGCCCCAACAGCAUCACUUCAUAGGCCCCACCGAGGUCACCACGCUGGUUAACCCCUCUGAGCCAGAUAUGCCCAGUAUCAAGGCGCAGGCUCGUCGACUUAUCAAGAAUGCUCAACAAGUGAUUGCUGUGGUAAUGGACACCUUCACAGAUGUGGACAUCUUUGCUGAUAUUCUGGAUGCUGCCAUGCGAAGUGUUGCUGUGUAUAUCAUUCUGGAUGAACAGAAUGCACACCACUUUACUACCAUGGCUUCCAACUGCCGGGUCAAUCUGGAGAGCAUUCAAUUCAUGCGUGUCAGAACUGUGUCAGGCAUCACCUAUCGAUGUCGCUCUGGAAAGUCCUUCAAGGGUCAAAUGCUGGAUCGCUUCUUGCUGACAGACUGCAGGGCUGUCCUGAGUGGAAACUAUAGCUUCAUGUGGUCUUUUGAGAAGAUUCACCGUUGCAUGGCUCACCUCUUUCUUGGACAGCUUGUGACUACUUUUGAUGAGGAGUUCCGAAUCCUGUUUGCACAGUCCCAACCUUUGGUACCUGAAAAUGUCCUUGUUCCAGUGCCAGACUACAGCAGUUUAUCUGACAGCCAAUACAGCACUGAUAGGACACCAUUGUUCAGAGAUCCCAGAAAGUUCCUGCCCAUAGAGAGCUCUCGUCCUAAAGAAUGGGCAAGACAUUCCUUUGAUGAUCAGAAAAGAAUGCCCCCUGGAAGGCACGAGCACAUCCACAGAUCACUAGAUCAGGGUCCACUAGAUAUGCACAGAAACAAGUACUCCUCACAGCAAUUUAGAAUAGAGCAGCAGUAUUUUAUGGAGCAAGGUCACCCUAUGAUACAGUCGAACACAAUGGAUUUUGCUGGCUCUAAAAGGCACAGUUAUGCAGAGGGCACUUAUGCCAGACACUCCUCCUCUCAAUUCAUGCAGCACCAAGCCAUGCACAACUUUGAGGAGGGUAUGGCAACCCAGAGCAGGAAGAUACAUAGGGAACAGCAUCACUACCAGAGAACAGGGCCAGAGCCUGGUUAUGGUAGCUACGAUCAAUUCAGGGACCAAGGGUACCCUCCGAUGGAUCAGUAUUCUGAGUCUGGGUACCCACAUGGAAUAGAGAUAGAGCCACCAGACAACUAUGACCCUGUAGUGAAUUAUUUAUCAUCAUCGAAACUUGCUAUGGAGAUGGGCCAUGGCUCAGACAAAUUAUCACAUCCAGGAGAGGGUCCCUUUUGUCAUUCAAAUGCAAAAAGACUGAGUGUGGGCCAUCCUUAUGCCUGUCAGACCUCCCCAACACAACAAAACCUGUCUGAACAGAAGCAGUUUUUUGUUGGGUCUGGUUCGGACCGUAAAACACAGGAUCCCAGUGCAAAGCAGGGGAUGCGAGAUUGGAGGAUCAGCUCAUACCUCAGUGCAUAUGAUGAUGCCGGGGAAGAAGACAUUUCACAGCCUUUUGGAAAUGAUCCCUUUGAAGAGCCCCUUAAUCCCUCACAAGGAAUAAUAUUAGCUCCACUUGUAUCAGAUCCCAAGUUUAAUGCCAAAGAGUUACCCAAGAUUGCAGGGCUCAGGUUAAAGACCACACGCCCAGAACAUUCAAGAACACCAGAUAUUAUUGUCAGCAUGGCAACAGAUGAAGGUGACAAAUCAGAGGAUAUGGAUGUAAAAGAGCCCAAAAGAGAAGAGUCAUUCCGUAGGAGGUUCAACCCUGCUAUCCAAAGGACCUCAAGGCUAAGAUCCUCACUAAUCUUCAGCUCACAACUAGAACAGCAUAUCUCUCAAGAACUGAACCUUACCUCAGGCCAACAUUGUGAGGAAACUGCCAAUGAGGAAGAUGACCAAUCUAGAUUUUCCUUGACCGCUCAGAUUUUGGGAAGACGAAGAUCCAUAACAAGAGAACCUUUUCAAUGGAGAUGUAAUAAGCCAGCAACAGUUGAUAAUUCAACCAUAGAGUCUUUGAAAUUUGAGGACAUCACUACUGAUGCCGGUGAUAAGGAAUUGCAAAAUAAUCCUCCUUUGGGCACCAACAUGGCUUCUUCAAAGGAACAACCUAAACCUGACCAUGAAGAAGAAAGCAAAAUGGUACAAUGUGCACAUCCAUCCAAAUCUGCUCAAAUUGAGCAACCCAAAACCAUACAAACAGCACACCUGCCAUCUUCAUUGAGCAAUACAUUAUAUAUAGAUAUGAAUGAUCCAGACAGUAGGUUCAAGUUUUUUAAAGAGUUGGCUGCCAAACGAAAAGCUGCAAAGGCUUCAGAGUCUGAGAGCAGCGCUGAAAAAGCUCCUCUAAAUCCAGUGACUCCAUUUGACUUGAAAACAAAGGACGAAGUCACAAGUGUAGAACCUGCUCCACUAAAUCCAGCAGAUACUUCCACCAAAAAGCCAUCUACAUCAACAGAGGGACCUCUUAACCCAGAAGAUACAUCAAACAAAAAGAUAGCAACAUCAACAGAGGCCCUACGUAAUCCAGCAGAUACUUCAAGAAACAAGACAUCAACAGAGACCCCACCUAUUCCAGCAGAUACUUCAACAAACAAGACAGCAACAUCAACAGAGACCCCACCUAAUCCAUCAGAUACUUCAACAAACAAGACAGCAACAUCAACAGAGACCCCACCUAAUCCAGCAGAUACUUCCAACAAAAAGCCAGCUACAUCAACACAGACCUCUUCAGAAACACUGGAGACCUCACCUGUCUCACAGGGGAAUAAAGCAUCCAUGGCAACAAAUAGCUCAUUACAUCUAGAUGUCAAAGACAAGGCUUCUAAAAAUAAAGAACAGGAAGAACUUAAUCUUCCCAAAAGUGACUCCAGAACAUUCCUCAUUCGUAGAUUAUCUUCUGACGAUGGGCUACUUAGAGUCUCUAUGGAUGCUGAGACGAUUGAGCUGAAGAACAGUCAGAACCAAAGUGUGUCUGAAGUUAACACAAGAGAUACAAGUGCAUUUCUUGAGCACACCUCAAAAGAGCGUAUCUUUAACAUCGCCCCAAAGGAGUUUAGUUCAUAUAAACUAUCACCAAAGGAACCAAAUUCUUCAAAUCCUGCUUCAAAGGAGCUGAGCCCAUCUCUUCCACUCACCCUAACAGAAGUUAGCUCGUUGUUAUCUCCAACAUCAACGAGUUUCAGUUUAGCUAAUCUCACUUCAUUUAAACAUGCCACAAAAGAUUUGAGCUCAGCCCUUACCCCCACCCUUAAUGAGUCCAGUUCAUCAAAGCAGAAAUUACUAUCCUCUAAACCAGUCACAGUAGAGUCCAACAAACCUCUGAGCCCCACCCAAUCCGAAUCAGGUGUCUCUUCUCAUCCCAUUCCAUCAAAAUCCAGCACCUCUGCUCAUACCAUCCCAUUGCAAUCAAGUCCCCCCAUUAUUCCUGGUCCAGUUGAGCCAGUUGUGUCUCCCAAGCCUGACAAAACUGAUUCCAAAGAAUCUCUUAGCCCUACCCCAAUGCAUUCUUGCUCGUCCUCAUUCCCUGCCCCUGCAACAAAACUUAGCCUUUGGCUAAGCUCUACCCAAACAAAAUCCAGUUCCUUACCUACAUCCACCUUAGUUGGGUCCACUUCAUCAACACCAAUAGACUCUAACAUCUCUCCCAAUCCCUCCACAAAGGAGUCAUUGUUUACAAUUGCCACAACUGAGUUGAAGUCACCCUCUCCAAAGACCAACCCAAUAAAAUCCUACUCCUCUCCUAGUCCUGGCCAAGAUGAGUUUGUUUUAUCCCCCAAACCCUCCAAAACAGCAUCCACAGCAGAUCCAAAGCCCACCACAGCAGAGUUGAAUGACUCUCCCAACUCCUCACUUCCAUCGCCAAAGCAUUUCACGGAACAAGCCAACAAAUCUCCCAUCCUAACACCAACACAAUCUAGUUCUUCUUCCAAUCCAACAACAAGAGAACCCAACCCUCUUCCUAACAACACCCCAACAGAACCAGGUGCAUCUCCUGACCACACCCCAACAGAUUCAAGUGCAUCUUCUAACCCUACCCAAACAAAAUCACAUUCCUCCCCUAUGUCUGCGUCAGGUGGAUCAGUUUUGUUCCCAAUGUCUGGCCAAACAAAAUCUAUCACUUCUCCAAACCUCACCCCAACAGAAUAUUGUUCCUCUCCUAAUCAUACUCAAACGGAGUCUACCUCACCAUUAAACCAAGUCCUUGUAGAAUCCAACCCAUCAAGUAACUCAAACCCAACUCAUUCCACUGCCUCUCAUGACACUGUCCCAGUUCCAUCCGUCAUUGUGGAUAACAGUAAGAAGGGCAAACUAAGUAACCUUAUCAAGGAGCAAAGAGCUGGAAGUUCUCCUGUCGCUAAAGGUGACAAGAAAGCAGGUGAUGCUGAGAUAAUGAGCAAAACUGCUCCUGGAGAAUCCGCCUCCCAUGGACCUCAGAGUCCUGAUGAAACCAAAGAGAAUGAUAGCACUAUGAAACCAGAGAGCCCUACAGAUCAAACUAAUCCCAUAUCACCCCCAGUGAAGCAAGCUAAAGUAAGUCAGUCCCACUACCAUUCAUCUACUGCCAAUGUACUCUCAAGCAGCAACCUAAGAGAUGACACAAAGCUCCUUUUAGGGCAGAUUUCUGCUAACAGCCAGAGCCGGACAGAAUUCACUAUAGAAUCUGCUGUCACUGAUGAUGCCAAACAGGAUGAGGCUGACCGGGGUGUUAGUGGUAAGGAGGAAGAAUCAGCCCAAGGACAGAGCAGAGGCCCGACUAGAACUUCUCAGGAGCGGGAGAAGCUACUUCAGAGAAUCGAGAGCAUGCGGAAGGAGAGGAAAGUAUACAGCCGCUUUGAGAUGCCGCCUUAACCAGGGAUCGGAAGGAUGAUUGAAUAUGGAGAAAGACCAUCGCUAAUUCUCCUCUAAAACUUGUCCUUUAACUAUCUCCAUUCCCCAAAAGUCUAAAAUCACAGGUCAGAGAGGCACAGCUAGCUAACCAGCAGAGAGGUAUUAUUCUCAGGUUUCUAUAUUAGAGUGUUCCUCCGAAUGGACUAUCUGCAUGUAAAUGAUUAAGGUUUAUGGGAACAUGAACAGAAACUUGACUAAGUUGACUAAGUUUACCAACAUGGACUACUGUAUAAGUAAACAGAGACUCUACAGUGUGGACAAUGGACUACUGCUAUCUACAAGGUGGGACUGAAACAUGCAAUCUCAUCAGAUAAAUACACAGCUAAAUGUGAAAUAUAUUUGAAAAGUAUUGUGUUCAUAGACACACCGGACACAGGUAUUGUUGACUGUAUGGGUCAACUGCAAUGUAAUAUAUGUUACUCUCAUGGUUGUUUAAUUAUUAUCUGUUUGAGGAUCUGUUUUAUAUACUAACAGACAUUUCAAAAUACAAACAUUAGAAUCACCAUUAAUCAUCAUAGAACAUGUAAUCAUCAUAAACAGUGCAAGUAUAGCUUUCAAGUAGUUAAUGGACCACUUUCUUCAUUUCAGCAGGUUAGUAGGUGUAACAAAUCAGGAUGACAAUGUGCAAGAUAAACCAAAUGUAGGUAACUGCCAAAAUAAUAUAAAAACAUAUGUAAAUGAGGGAUACAAAGAAUAUUGAAGGCAUGUUCAUGUGGUUCCUGAAUUAAUUAAGCAAUUAACAUCAUGCUUUGGGUCAUGUAUAAAAAUCCAUUAUUUUGGAUACUAUUGUUAUACCCCCAUAGGAUGACAAUGUUCCCAUAUGCAGGGCACAAGUGGUUACUGAAUGGUUUGAUGAGCAUUAAAACAAUGUAAGCCAUACGCCAUGUUUGUCUCAGUCACCAGAUCUCAACCCAAUUGAACACUUCUGGGAGAUUCUGGAGUGGUGCCUGAGACAACGUUUUCCACCACCAUCAACAAAACACAAAUUAUGGAAUUUCUCAUGCAAGAA